ACAGGCUCCACACCGGACCACCUCGCCGCCCCCACCGCCCGCCGCCUCCCCCGCCGCGAUCAACCGCCACCUCCCCUUCGCCUCUCGCCGGCGGCCUCCUCGCCGCCGCCAUGCAGGCCCGCGUCGUCGUCUUCCCCAUCAAAGGCCGCGCCUGGUGCUUCGCCUGCCCGCGCCCCGCCCUCCCCGCCACCUCCGCCUCCGCCUCCGCCGCGGGCAGCGGCGCCCUCCCGCCGCCGCCCACCCUCAAGGACCUCUGGCGUGGGGUAUCCGCCGGAGGACGCUCGGCGCCGGAGAACGCCGAGGCCGUGGCCGACUUCGUCGCAGACAAGAUGAACCGGGCGUGGAUCGGCUUCGGCAGCGCGCCGGAGGGAUCAGUAAAGAGACGCAUACACAGCUUCGGGUUAAAGCUGCUUUCGCGUGUGCGGCCAUCAGAGACUCUGUUGAAGUCACUGACCAAGGAUGUCUCCAUGCUUGAAAUCGUCCACCCGGCAAGUAUAAAUCCUCGUCUCGUGCGCCGGCGUCUGCGCCACAUUGCUGUUAGGGGUGCAGCUAUUCACAAAAAGUACCUCUAUGGCAGCAUUUGCAUGUUACCGGUAACGAGCGUUUUCAUGGUACUGCCUUUGCCAAACAUACCAUUUUUUUGGACGCUGUUUCGAGCUUAUUCUCAUUGGAGAGCUCUCCAGGGAAGCGAGAAGCUGCACUUUCUAGUUUCAGACUACUCAGGUCAAGGGAAAACCCUUCUCGAGAAGAAAAAUGAAACGCGUACAAGAAAGGAUAGCGACUCACAGUAUGCUCCUUGGACUUUCCAUCCAUCAGAGAAGCUUGAUGGGUUCCUUGAGAGGAGAGGCUUGGAUGAGGGUCUGGACUGCGACACCAUCUCGAGGAUAUGCCAGGCGUACGACUUGGACAAGGUCGAUGUCCUGAAGUAUAGAGAUCUGGAGUGGCCUAGCUCAGCUUCUCGUGCAACUUAGGUAUUCCUUGCCCACCGAUGUGUGUACGGUAAAACAACUCUACUGGAUGAUAACUGCUGGAGGGUGAUCAGGCUGGAUCUUUUUCUGCACGGGGCAUGAACAUUUAACCGGCAUGGCGAUCAUGUGGUGCCCGCAUUAAUCUGUUGCUAGCUUAGAAAGUUGAGAAACGAAGAGGACCUCUGAAACCGUAGGAACCUAUAUGAUGACCCCGUUGCUGUGUACCCAGAGUGUACAUAGAGUUGGUGGUGACCUUUUGCAACUGCCAUUUGUUUACCAUUUCAGCAACCUCUCGGCGAUAGGAGACUGUUUGCCUGCAAGUCAACAGCUUGGUACUGAGAUUGAACAUGACCUUUGCAUUUUUUUUUCCUCUAUCUAUGCAUUUAAAUUCUGAAUCUA